GCCCAGGCUCCGCGUGCAGCCGCGCGGGCCCCGCCGCCGCCGCGAUGGUGAAGGAGCAGUUCAGGGAGACGGAUGUGGCCAAGAAAAUAAGCCACAUCUGUUUUGGCAUGAAAUCUCCAGAAGAGAUGCGUCAGCAAGCUCACAUUCAAGUGGUCAGCAAAAAUCUGUAUAGUCAGGACAACCAUCACUCUCCACUGCAGUAUGGAGUGCUGGACCAUCGCAUGGGAACCAGUGAAAAAGACCGUCCCUGUGAAACCUGUGGGAAAAGUCUGGCUGAUUGUUUAGGGCAUUAUGGAUACAUUGACUUAGAACUACCUUGUUUUCAUGUUGGGUACUUCAAAGCUGUGAUAGGCAUCUUGCAGAUGAUCUGUAAAACCUGUUGCCACAUCAUGCUGUCAGUGGAAGAAAAAAAGCAAUUUUUAGAUUACCUAAAACGACCUGGCCUUACAUAUCUUCAGAAGAGAGGGCUAAAAAAGAAAGUGUCUGAGAAGUGUCGAAAAAAAACCACUUGUCCUUACUGUGGGGCCUUUAAUGGAACUGUGAAGAAGUGUGGUUUGUUGAAAAUAAUACAUGAAAAGUACAAGACAAAUAAGAAAGUCGUAGAUCCAAUAGUAUCUACUUUUCUCCAGUCCUUCGAAACUGCCAUUGAAUAUAACAAAGAAGUAGAACCCUUACUGGGAAGAGCUCAGGAAAACUUGAAUCCUUUGGUAGUAUUGAACCUCUUUAAAAGAAUCCCAGUGGAAGACAUCCCUCUACUUCUGAUGAACCCACAAGCAGGUAAACCUUCAGAUUUGAUCCUCACACGACUCCUGGUGCCUCCACUGUGCAUCAGACCCUCUGUUGUGAGCGAUUUGAAGUCUGGCACCAAUGAGGACGAUUUGACAAUGAAGCUGACAGAGAUCAUUUUCCUCAAUGACGUAAUAAAAAAGCAUAGGAUAUCAGGAGCCAAAACACAGAUGAUUAUGGAGGACUGGGAUUUUCUUCAACUGCAGUGUGCCCUGUAUAUUAAUAGUGAGCUCUCUGGAAUACCCCUCAACAUGGCACCUAAAAAGUGGACCAGAGGUUUUGUUCAGAGACUUAAGGGAAAGCAAGGUCGGUUUAGAGGCAAUCUGUCUGGAAAGAGAGUGGAUUUUUCUGGCAGAACAGUCAUUUCACCUGAUCCUAACUUAAGAAUAGAUGAAGUAGCAGUGCCUAUUCAUGUUGCUAAAAUACUGACCUUUCCUGAAAAGGUGAACAAAGCAAAUAUUAAUUUUAUGAGGAAACUUGUCUGUAAUGGUCCUGAUGUUCACCCUGGAGCAAACUUCAUACAGCAAAGGCACACCCAGAUGAAAAGAUUUUUGAAAUAUGGGAACCGAGAGAAGAUGGCCCAGGAGCUGAAAUUUGGUGAUAUUGUGGAGCGACAUCUGAUAGAUGGCGACAUUGUCCUGUUCAACCGGCAGCCCUCUCUGCACAAGCUGAGCAUCAUGGCUCACAUUGCCAGAGUAAAACCACAUAGGACAUUCAGGUUCAAUGAAUGUGUCUGUACACCAUACAAUGCAGACUUUGAUGGAGAUGAGAUGAACCUUCACCUUCCUCAGACAGAAGAAGCAAAAGCAGAAGCACUUGUUUUAAUGGGGACUAAAGCAAACUUGGUAACACCAAGAAAUGGAGAACCUCUUAUUGCUGCUAUUCAAGAUUUCCUCACAGGUGCCUAUCUUCUAACAUUGAAAGACACCUUUUUUGAUCGAGCCAAAGCCUGUCAAAUUAUUGCUUCUAUCCUGGUUGGCAAGGAUGAAAAGAUCAAAGUUCGUCUUCCACCCCCAGCAAUUCUGAAGCCUGUAACACUCUGGACAGGAAAACAGGUUUUCAGCCUCAUUCUCAAACCCAGUGAUGAUUGUCCUGUAAAAGCCAACCUACGAACAAAGGGCAAGCAGUAUUGUGGCAAAGGAGAGGACCUGUGUUACAAUGAUUCCUAUGUCACAAUUCAAAACAGCGAGUUAAUGAGCGGCAGUAUGGACAAAGGAACACUGGGCUCAGGAUCCAAGAACAACAUCUUCUACAUCUUGCUGAGAGACUGGGGCCAGGUGGAAGCUGCGGAUGCCAUGUCACGUCUGGCCAGACUUGCUCCAGUCUAUCUUUCUAAUCGUGGCUUUUCAAUUGGGAUUGGUGAUGUAACCCCUGGGCAGGGCCUGUUAAAAGCUAAGUAUGAGCUCCUGAAUGCUGGCUAUAAGAAAUGUGACGAGUAUAUUGAAGCUCUGAACACUGGCAAGCUGCAGCAGCAGCCUGGUUGUACUGCAGAAGAGACACUAGAGGCCUUAAUCCUUAAGGAACUAUCUGUUAUCAGAGAUCAUGCUGGCAGUGCCUGUCUUAGAGAACUGGACAAGAGCAACAGUCCCCUGAUCAUGGCUCUCUGUGGUUCUAAAGGCUCCUUCAUUAACAUAUCCCAGAUGAUUGCUUGUGUGGGGCAGCAGGCUAUCAGUGGGUCCCGUGUUCCCGAUGGGUUUGAGAAUAGGUCCUUGCCUCACUUUGAGAAGCAUUCUAAGCUCCCUGCAGCAAAAGGCUUUGUUGCAAACAGCUUCUACUCUGGGUUGACUCCCACUGAAUUUUUUUUCCACACAAUGGCUGGUCGAGAAGGUCUGGUUGAUACAGCUGUAAAAACAGCUGAAACUGGGUAUAUGCAGAGACGUCUGGUGAAAUCUCUUGAAGAUCUUUGCUCACAGUAUGAUUUAACAGUAAGAAGUUCUACUGGUGACAUUAUACAGUUUAUUUAUGGAGGAGAUGGCUUGGAUCCUGCAGCUAUGGAAGGGAAGGAUGAACCACUGGAAUUCAAGCGAGUUCUAGAUAAUAUCAGGGCUGUCUAUCCGUGCCGAAGUGAACCAGCCCUUAGCAAAAAUGAAUUGGUGUUAACAUCUGAGUCCAUCAUGAAGAAGAAUGAAUUUCUUUGCUGCCAAGAAAGUUUUCUGCAGGCUUUAACUGAGACAGGUUAUGAAAAAUAUAAUGAGGAAAUUAAAAAAUUCAUCAAAGGUGUUUCUGAGAAGAUAAAAAAAACUAGGGACAAGUAUGGAAUUAAUGACAAUGGCACAACAGAGCCAAGAGUUUUAUAUCAGUUGGAUAGGAUUACUCCAACACAACUAGAGAAGUUUCUAGAGACUUGUAGAGACAAAUACAUGAGGGCACAGAUGGAGCCUGGUUCUGCAGUAGGAGCUCUCUGUGCACAGAGUAUUGGUGAGCCUGGCACACAGAUGACUCUGAAGACUUUCCAUUUUGCUGGUGUUGCUUCAAUGAACAUUACUUUGGGUGUGCCAAGGAUCAAAGAAAUCAUUAAUGCUUCUAAGGCUAUUAGCACCCCUAUUAUAACAGCACAGUUGGACAAAGAUGAUGAUCCUGAUUUUGCCCGUCUGGUUAAAGGAAGAAUUGAGAAAACUUUGUUAGGAGAGAUUUCUGAAUAUAUUGAGGAAGUGUUUCUUCCAGAUGACUGUUUCAUCCUAGUGAAGCUGUCUUUAGAGCGCAUUAGACUACUGAGAUUAGAGGUGAAUGCAGAGACUGUGCGCUACUCGAUUUGCAUCUCUAAACUCAGAGUGAAGCCUGGGGAUGUUGCUGUCCAUGGAGAAGCAGUUGUGUGUGUGACCCCUCGUGAAAAUAGCAAGAGUUCCAUGUAUUAUGUAUUGCAGUCCCUCAAGGAAGAGCUACCUAAGGUUGUAGUGCAAGGCAUACCAGAGGUUUCCCGAGCUGUCAUUCAUGUUGAUGAACAAAGUGGAAAGGAAAAAUACAAACUUCUGGUUGAAGGUGAUAAUCUUCGAGCUGUUAUGGCUACUCAUGGAGUGAAAGGAACAAAAACAUCCUCUAACAACACUUAUGAGGUGGAGAAAACUCUGGGAAUCGAAGCUGCUCGAACUACUAUUAUCAAUGAGAUUCAAUAUACAAUGGUGAACCAUGGCAUGAGCAUUGACAGGAGACAUGUUAUGUUAUUGUCUGAUCUAAUGACUUACAAGGGUGAAGUGCUGGGCAUUACCAGGUUUGGGCUGGCAAAAAUGAAGGAAAGUGUGUUGAUGCUGGCUUCUUUUGAAAAGACUGCAGACCAUCUCUUCGAUGCUGCCUACUUUGGACAGAAGGAUUCUGUUUGUGGUGUUUCUGAGUGCAUCAUCAUGGGAAUUCCAAUGAAUAUUGGAACAGGACUUUUUAAACUGUUACACAAAGCGGACAAAGAAUCAACCCCUCCCAAGCGGCCUCUGAUAUUUGAUCAUAAUGAAUUUCAUAUUCCCAUUGUUACGUAGAACUUGGACAUAAAACAAG